CGCAGAUAAGUCGCCUUCAGGAACAUCACUUCAGAUCUGGAGGCGUGCCAGCCCCCCCGCCCCGCUGAGAAAUCAGCAUCGCAAGCGCACGGAGUUGACAAGUGCGCCUCCUCCUCCCUCUCCAAAACGUUGUUUGACAAGCCCAUCUUUAUAGGCUUCGCCGGAGGCAGUUUCUUAAAAAAAAAAAAAAAAAAAAGGAAAAGAAAGAAAAGGCAAGCGCAACGCAGCAGAUUAUACAUUCUGCUCACAGUGCGGGUGAAACAACCUGCAGAGCCGCAGAGGGAGUCAGUGGGCUCCUCAGUUCAGGAGAGAAGCGGCGCUGGCUAAGCAUCACUCUAAGCUGUCUGGAUAGUUUUGGAGGAUUUUCUUUUUUUUAAAUUUUUCAUACUGACUGUUGGUUUUUACGCAAUCAGAUGCACCUGUGGAUGCACCUUUCCCUCUGGAUUCACUAAGGAUUCCCUGCAACUCGCAGCUGAUAUUCUUCCACUCCACCAGCCUGCAGUUUUGUGUUUUGUUUUUUUUUUGUUUUUUUAAUUUUCCUUCAUAAGAGGAGAAGCGCACGAUGCUGCUGGGAGUCCUCUUCCUGGCGGUCCCUCUGCUGAGCGUCGCCGGCGGCGGCGCGUCCUACGUGCCCUGCGAGCCGUGCGACCCGAAGGCCCUGUCCAUGUGCCCGCCGGUGCCCGUGGGCUGCCAGCUGGUCAAGGAGCCCGGCUGCGGCUGCUGCCUGACGUGCGCCCUGGAGGAGGGCCAGGCGUGCGGCGUGUACACGGGGCCGUGCGCGCGCGGGCUCCGCUGCCUGCCGAAGAGCGGAGAGGAGAAGCCGCUGCACGCGCUCCUGCACGGUCGGGGCGUGUGCGCCAACGAGAAGCUGCACAAGCUGCAGCAUCCACCCAAAGACCCAGUAGAAACCAAGGUGCCCCUAUAUGGAGAUCACAUCAGCAGUCGGAAGAUUCACGCCAUGAGGCUAGCCAAGGACCGUAAGAAGUAUUUAGCCAGGCCUGGAUCAAGCAACAACCGAGAGCUCCCGCCGUCUGGCCUGGACAAGGCGGAGCCGGAAUCUGGGCCUUGCAAAAGAGAACUUGGUAAUCUCAUUCAUGGCCCUUCUCGGGUCCUGAGCGUUUCUUUGUACGUACCCAACUGUGACAAGAAGGGAUUCUUCAAGCGCAAGCAGUGCAAGCCGUCUCGCGGCCGGAAACGGGGCGUCUGCUGGUGCGUGGACCGCUUUGGCAAAAAAAUCCCAGGUAGCAACUCUGCCCACGGAGAACUGCAGUGCAAGGAUCUCGACAGCAUCAACAACAGCAACGAAUGAGAGCAAACCGCCUCCAGAGCCCAGCUUCUUCUUAAACCCUGCCAAACAAGCUAGCACACUUUAUGACUGACAAUCAGGAGAAUAUGGCACAAACACUUUUACUUUUUGUUGAUUGUGAUGGACUGCAUUGUCUGUUGUAGAGAGGAGGCAAACUUUAUAUCUUAUAUCAAAGAGAAAUAUAUAUAGAGAGUUUUUCUUUCAUUUAUAAAGUCUGUUGCAGUUUUUUUUUUAUUAUUAUUAUGAAAAAGGUGACAACACAUAUCCUAAAUGUGGCUAACUAUCAAUAUUUUUCAGUUGAUUUUCCUGAUAUUGUUGAGAAGGGAGCGUGGCCACCGAAAGUAGGAGACAUCUGCUGAAAUUGAAUGAGUUUUGUUAUGAUUAGCAGCUUUUCCAGGUGCAAUAUGAUGGAUAUUUGGGAGUCACACAAUCCAGUUUUAAACGAGGGCAGAAAAACAUUUAAACAUAAAACAUGCAUACUUCCGUUUAUAUAUAUAUAUAUGUAUAUAUAUAUAUGGCUUCUCUGGAGUGGUUCAAGCUGUGGUUAGAUAUUAGUUUCCCUAAAAAGAUACCAAACUUAUCACUUAAACUCUUCUUGAUAUUAACCAUUAUAGGAACAGUGCUUCUGAACAUACCCGUAAUUUGUUAGCUAAGAUGUUUUUUAUAUAUAUUUAAUUCAAGGCAUGCAUCAAUGAAAGAAUUUGUGCAAACCAAGGCAAAAUGUAGUUUGCAUUAGCCCAUUGUCUGGAUACAUUUAUUUGGCUAAUUUUACUUGUAAUGUCGUGAUUCUAAUAUUAGUCAGUUCAGUCUUUCAGUUCGACUCGGUGGUAAAAACCCAAGGACACCGCUACAACCGUUCGUUUCACGACUGGAGCUGCACAGAUCGACACGCUCACAUGAUAUCAGGGAGGCCAGGACUGAGCUUGAAAAGAAGAAAAACCACGGCAGUCGUACUGCACGAAUCACUACUUUCACUAAUAACUCUUAGAUAAGAACUCACCAAAAAAUAAAGAAGAGCAAAUAGUCAUAAGAGUUGACACUUGCUGGUGACAGGAAGCUGAAGAAGUCCUGUAGGGCUUGAUUUGAAGCUGCGGAUUGGGAAGCCAUGUGCUCACCUCAUCAAUACCAUGAUAGAGUAGCUACGUCACCGACUAUAUAAACUGUCUCCCUCAGGGAUCGAGAGACAGAGUUGGUUUUAUAUUUGUAAUUUUGAGCAUUAAUGUCCAACUAUAUAUGAUGCAAACACCUUUUUUCUGAAGCUAUUAUGUUGCAUUCGUGCAAAGUGAGUUAAAAGGCUUUGAUUGUUACACAAUAGGUCACUAGUUUGAUUCCCAGGUUAUCAUAAUAUGUUUGUUUUUUUUAGCAAUCUUGGUAAAAUGUAGCUGGUUAAAGCAAUAUUUAGACUCUCACUAAACCUUCACUAAUCCCAAUUUCUCCUAAAUUUUAGCUGAUGGAUCAUUUCUAACACACUCUGGGACCUUCUGCUCUUUAGGCGGUCACUAGAUGUUCUGUGCCACAAUCAGGGAAAAGGUUUUUUUUUUUUUUUUUUCUUUUUUUGGAAAUAAGCAAAACAGACAAAACCUCAGUCAUAAAAAAAAAAAAGCUCACUGUACUGUUAAACUUAGAAUUCUUUCUAUUUCAAGUUCUCAGAGCUGCAUUCGCCGUUUCUAAAUGUAUGUACAGAACGUUUGCAUGACCCACGAGUGUGUUUGUGUGUACUUCUCAACGUUAGGAACAAAAAAAAAAAAAAAAAAAAGCACGCUCGCUCAGAGUGCAUUUCCCAUUAGAGCUCGCACACAAAUUUUAUGCAAAGGCCCCGUCCAUGUGGAGGGCCCCCACAUGCAAAUCCGCAGGCGACUCGCUCCCAGGGUUCACCGGGUCCUUCAUCCCACAGAGAGCAAGGUCGCAGAGUUUUUACGUAAAUGAAGUGCCUUCUGCCCCAGACUGCUUUGAAUCUGGAUUUUGCAUGCGGAGCCAUUGUGUGGUUGAAUGAGGGCGGCCUGAGCAAAA